UCUAUUACAAUAGAAAUUGAAGUACAGGGGCACCUGGGUGGCUCAGUUGGUUAAGUGUCCAGCUUUGGCUCAGGUCAUGGUGUUAUGGUUCAUGAGUUUGAGCCCCACUCAGAGCCUGGAACCUGCUUCAGAUUCUGUGUCUCCCUCUCUCUCUGCCCCUCCCCUGCUCUCACUCUGCCUCUGUCUCUCGAAAAUGAGUACACAUAGAAAGAAACUUUUUUAAGAAAUGAAAUUGAAGUACCAAUAAACUGAGAAGCAGGGAAGCCCCAUUGCUGACCAGCAGGGGGAUCUAGGAAACACUGGGUGCUGGGAUUUGCUUCACACCCUAUGCUGAGAUGGGCUUUGGGAAAGAAGCUCUAUGGGGGGUGCCCACCUUUGGGGGUCUCCUUCCUACUUUGCUUGUCUCUCUCUCUUCCUAUUAUGAACUACAUUGCCACUCUUUCCCUACCAACCCUGAUCCCAUUGCUCCAGUGCCAACCAGGUGGGUAGUAUAAGGAUUCAGGGCAAUAAGGGGAAAGGAAAGGAAGGAAAAAGAAACCCCCAUCUUCCCUCCUCUGGCCCUAGUGGUGGUCUUACUAGCUGUCUCCCUCACCUACAAUCUUUGGGCCAUUCUCUAUCACCUAUUGUAGAUCCCCUAGUCCCCAGAAACUGGACCUAAAUAUUCUUUUGAAAUAAAGAGGAUUCUGACUACAAUCUUCUAUGGAUUCCAGGGUCCUCCUUUGACAUGUGUGUCUGCUAUUGCUUUUACAAACGAAUCCAAGUAUAAAAAUUGACACUGUUGUGUAUAUAUGUUGGGAGAGAUGAGUGGAAAUGAUUACAUUUAUUCUGUUUCUCAUAUUUCAAAAAUCUUUAGAGAGUUUCCAAAAGGAUAAACUGAAUGUCCAUGGGGAUGACCAAACACCCUUGCCUCUCAGUUCCUUGCCUUCCUCAUUACCAAUGACCUUUUGUCUACACUAUCACAAAGCCACCCACUCUCUGCAACUGCUCUAUUUUUAAGAUAAUCAGUCAAUCAUUCUGUCUCCAAGCAGCACUUCCUACCUUUCCAGCCAACUGGUUCCAUCUUUCUUCAAGUUCAUCAAUGCUUCCUCCCUAGGAGUCCCCUUCUAGUCUCUUUCCUCCGUAUGUCCCUCUGAUACCAUGGUUCAUCAUUUGGGGCAGUCUUUCACAAAUAUCUUAACUUCCUUUGCUCCUUCAUCUAUCUGUGAUAUCUCCCUGGCAUAAAAAAAAAAAACAAAAAACAAACAAAAAAAAAAACAUUAACUUGAAACAACGCUUACUCCCCAACUCCCCCAUUCUUCUCCUGAAUAGCCAAAUGCCACUAGAGAAAACCAUACAUCUGUCAGACAGGUCUCUUGGCAAAUUCAAGAUCACCCAUCUCAAGAGGCUCUCAACUCUCCCAGCAUCAAGAAAUACUUGUAGAGUGGGGAAAUAUCCACGGAAGGUGCUCUGGGAAUUCUGAAAUGAAUGGACUGCCUGCAGGUAGAGAAACAAAGAGACAAAGCUAAUAGAUGAGGGCAGAAGGGAACCAAAUGGGAAGAGUAAUUUGGAAGCAAAAGGAAGAGAGGAUUUCAACAAGGCUUGACUGCCAUUCCCUCUUAUGAAGAAGCAGAUCAUCCUGGAGAUUGUUGGUGUGUGCCACUGUGCUGGAGAAGGCAGGCUUUCGUUUCCUCAUCUGGCACAAAGGAAUCCUUCCUACUUUCCCCAGGAGGACGUUGGGAGGAAAUGGAUUGGUGGGAAGCAAAAGGAUUAUUUCAGUAGUAAUGACUGCAGGAGGUCAAGGCAAGGCUGAGGUUGUUCUCAAUAAGAAUCAUUGUGACUAAAGACAACGGCUAGUGGGAAUUUUUUUUCUUUGUUUGCUUUUACUUUUUGAUGCCAGACAGCUGGAAUGCCAAGAGCAGUUCUGUGCCAAGCCACAAAAAGACUGAAAGCCCAGGACUUCCCCUCGGACAAUAGCUUCCCUUUUAGCUUCAGGCAAGAGUAAAAUCUGUCCUAAGAUAGUUUAGGAACUUCCUGUUGGUUCACAUUUCAAGCAGCUUGUAUUUAAUUUUCACCUUGCCACUCAGAGCUCAGAGUGAACAGGAGACCCAGGGACAGGGUACUUUGCUGAGAACUGACCAGCGACCGGCUGGCUGCCUAGGAGAACAGACAGCCAUAAUGGAACCCAAACCUCAGAAGAGUCCAGGCAAACAAUUUACAUUUUAUUAUGAAAAUGAAGUCUGCAAACAAGAUUACUUUAUUAAAUCACCACCUCCUCAGCUUUUCUUCUCUGCUUCUUCUUGGAAAAAGCGGUUUUUCAUUCUGUCAAAGAGUGGGGGAAGGAGACUUCACAUCUCCUAUUACAAAGACGAACAUCGCCGAGGUUCCAUUGAAAUUGACCGAAACUCCAGUGUAGAAGUCGGCAUAAGUAGCCAUGAAAAAUUGCAAUCUGUAUGUAAGAUGUUCAAGUGCCACCCUGAUGAGGUGAUGUCCAUCAGAACCCCUAACAGGGAAUAUUUCCUCAUUGGCCAUGACAGGGAGAAGAUUAAAGACUGGGUCUCCUUCAUGUUAUCAUUUUGCUGGGACGUCAAAGCAGCACGCCAGAACACAGAGCAGGAGAAAUUCUCCCUGGGUGGUAAAAGGCCUUCUUCAGACCCCAGUCCUCUCCUUGGUCCUUCCAGCGUGUCAGAGGCUGUCAGCCCCACCCCACCAAGAAAUAGUCUUCCAGACAUGCAUUUCAUGGAAAACAAUUCUCCAGGACUCAGACAAGCUCAUCUGCCACAUGAUUUCUUGUCAGAGACUACUGAAGAUACAGAAGAAGAGAGUCAUUAUAUUAGUCCUCAAAGUAUUCUUUUACAGUUGGAUAGUCUUAUUGCUUCCAAUGAUUCUGGUCAACCUGCUGAACCUGGUAGUCCAGAACAGUUCUCGGAGACAAAUGAACAUCACUACAUGCCAAUGAAAUCCUGUUUUUUCAGAGAGACAUCCCACAAGUCUGCUGAUAGCAAAGAGGGAUCCCAGGCCCUUCCAGAGAUCCAGAACGGGGGGCUUCACUUGCAAGAACAAGGCUCACAAAGUGACUCUUGUCUUCCACCUGCCAAUAUGGAAGCACAGACCAUGAAUGACAAAAAGGGGUUGGCCUCACUUACUGUUGUGCAAUUAUCUAUACUAAUCAAUCACAUCCCUGAUGAAAGCCAAGUGGAGAAACUGAAUGUGUUCCUUUCUCCUUCUGACGUCAUAAAUUAUCUUAGUCUCAUGGAAGCUGCAGGACGGAUAUGUGUGGCUCAGUGGCAAGGCCCCCCGCACCUGGGAUGUUUAUUUUUUCACGGAGAUCACAUCUUGGCUGUGAAUGACCUGAUGCCCAAGGGCCUGGAGGAGGCUUCCUUGUUUCUCAGUCGGUCUGUCCAGAAGGAGAAAAUAAAACUCACCAUCGGCCGGAUCCCAAAUUCAGAGAAAUUCCAUGCUGUCGGCUGUACGUGCCCCUUAAAAUACAAAGGUGUUGUACCUUGUCGACUGGGUGAGUCUGGACUGGAGAAGACCCUGAAGAGGAGUCCAGCCAUUAGAAAGGGUCAACACCAACGAACUGGAGAGUCACACGCCAGGACCCACUGCUGAGGAGCAAGGGUGGGCCCUAGACUCUGCUGGGGCCCUGCCUCUCCCUCUCACCGCCGUGUGAGAUAACGCACAUCAGCACUCCUCUCUGAUUUUCCGUACCUACCCCUUAACGGUGGGGAAAACUAUCACCUCUCUGGCUAUUCAUCAGGGAUGCUGAGAGGGCCCAGGGGGAUGAUGACUGUGGAACGCAGAGAAAAUGUAAGGCCUUGUUAGCUCAGACGUUGUCCCACACACCACAGAGAUUGUUAAGUCCCUCAUCUGAAAUGCACUGUGUGUUCUCUGAGGUCAUGGUCCGCACAAUCCUUUCUUUGUUAGGGAACAUACAAUUGGAAACGCUCUUUCCAGGAAGGCAAGAUUCCCGAGAGACGUGAUACCAUAUCAGCCUUCCCGAACACCUCCCCCUAUUCAUCACACCCACCCAUGGUCCAAAAUGCUGAGGCAGGGUGGCCCCUUGGCUUCAAUAAUCAUCUGGUUUUCUUAAAGACCCAGAAACUAUUCUAGAAGUUGAAGCGGUUUUAGGUCGCAUACAGCAAAGGUCUGUUUUCUCUACAAGUAAUAAGGCAACAACUUAGCACUUCUACGUUUGAAAGGUCGUAACUGAUUGGCGCAUUAACCAAUUGAUCCUACAAGGCCAAAAACGUCAAAUCUUUUUUCAUAAGUAGGAAGACAAAGGCAGCGAAAGGACUAAUCGGAUCCAGGAACGUUGGAGCAAAAGGAGGCUUCAGAAAAUAUAUCUUACUAUGCUGUCAUUUUUGUGCAGGAAGACGUCAAGGCCCCAAACGUUUAAUACAAACAAACAAAACAGAAGCAGACUCAUACAUACAGCGAACAAAAUGGUGGCUGCAGAGUGGAGGUGAUGGGGGGGACAGGCAAAGUAGGUGAAGGAGAUUAAGAGGUACAACCCUCCAGUUAUAAAAUAGGGAAUG